UUUGGCCAAACAGCCCCAACAGCCUCGAGGGGGGGGGAAUAUAAAGGAGACUCUGCCCUGGAAGGAUCCAGGCAGAGGUGCCUGGCCAGCUGAAAGAGCAGCACAGGUCCAGCCGCGUGACAUGAUGAGGGCCCCGUUGCUGCCGCUGUUUGUCCUCCUGGCCCUCUUUGCCACCCUGGCAUGGGCCGAGGAGACCCAGGAAGAAAACCUGAUCGCCAAGAUGCGGCUCUUCACCCAGGAAGCCUCACAAAGGGCGCAGGAACACCUGGCCACCCUCCAGGAGUCCGAGGUGGCCCAAAAGGCCAGGGAGUGGUUGGACUCUGGCAUCACCUGGAGCAAAGAGUACUUGACUGAGCUGAGGGAGAGGUUCUCCAGCUUGUGGGAGACAAAGGCGUGAUCCACUCCGGCUGCCCAGUUCCAGGCAAACCUCCGCCAGCCAAGCGAAGCUGCUGGGGGGCUGGCCGUGGGUCUCAGCAUCUGCCCCUCUUCCUCCUCCUCCUCCCAACCCCGUAACUCCCCCAAACCCCACCAAGGCCUCUCUCUUAGGAGCAUCCAAUUUCCACCCAUUAAACCUCACAGACUCUU